GAGGAAUAGGCAGAGGGUGAGCUUCUGGGGCUUCAGGGCCUCGCUGUGCUUUCGUGUUUCCAGCAUGCAGCAUGGCAUGAUCACUUCAGCCAGAGCUGCUUUUCCUUCUAAGGCUUUGCCUGAGACAAGGCAGAGCUGGAGGCUGGAGACUGAGCCUCCUAGACCUUUAGCAGAGGGUGUAGACCCCCUAGACCCUAUGUGGAGCUACAUCACAAAGGAGCUCUCAAGCUGUACCUGGACCAUAGGUCAGAUGUUUGCACAGAUCCUGGAGAAGAGGAGAGUCUGGACUGGGUAAGCACACUGGUGUUCUGGACCAUGGACUCGAUGAGAAUCUCCCUAGUGUGAAAAUGUCGAGCAGCAACCGGGAAUUAGUGAUUGACUUUAUAUCCUACAAGCUGUCACAGCGGGGACACAGCUGGAGUCAGCUUGAGGGGCAAGAUGAGACCAGGACUGAGUUUGCAGAAGAGGAGGACAUGGCAAGUGUCCCGAAUGGGAGUCCGUCCUGGCAUCCCACUGCCAGCCACGUAGUGAAUGGGGCUGCUGGACACAGGAACAACCUGGAAGCCCAGGAGAGUGUUCCGGCGGCUGAAGUGCGGCAGGCACUAAGGGAGGCGGGAGAUGAGUUUGAGCUGAGGUACCGCAGGGCCUUCAGCGACCUCACAUCCCAGCUCCACAUCACCCCUGGCACAGCAUACCAGAGCUUCGAGCAGGUGGUGAAUGAACUGUUCCGGGAUGGAGUGAACUGGGGGCGCAUCGUGGCCUUUUUCUCCUUUGGAGGGGCCUUGUGUGUGGAGAGCGUCGACAAGGAAAUGCAGGUGCUGGUUGGACGUAUCGUCUCAUGGAUGACCACCUACCUGACCGACCACCUCGACCCCUGGAUCCAGGAGAACGGCGGUUGGGAGCGGUUCGUGGAUCUCUAUGGCGAUGACGCUGCAGCCAAGAGCAGGAGGGGCCAGGAGCGUUUCAACAAGUGGCUCCUGACCGGGGCCACGGUGGCUGGCGUGCUUCUGCUGGGCUCUCUGCUCAGCCGCAAGUAGCCGGUGUGGCCCCCUCCCCACCUGGGCGCCCUCCCCCAUGACCAGGCACCCACAACACUGUAUGGCAGCAGGAACAUUCCAGGGGCAGCGCCCCUGCCCACCCCCACCCCACCCAGCACCCAGGAGUGAUUCCCAGGUGCCCUUGCCCCUAGCGCUCGCUGUCCUGCCGCUGAGACCAAUGCAGCGUGCGCCUCUGGGCUGGGGGCCGUGGGCCCCCCGCCACCUCCAACCACAGCAUGGAGGGGAACACCUCCCUUUCCCCCCAGCAGGAUCCUUAGAGGUAUCUUCUGUUAGAA